AUGAGACCACGGAGACGGAGUGCGCGGGAAGGAACCCCUAGUGAUAACCGAAAGAGAGAACAGGAAACGUUUAUGACUACCAUGAACGUUGUAGCUGAGGCAGUGCGUGAGGCUGCAGUAGCAGUGGCUAGGGUUAUUGAACGUCUUGGGGGGAUACAGCGACUGUUACAACAAGAUGAAGGCGAUAUUCCUUGGAACACUUUUAAGGAUGAAUUUUAUAAGAAGUAUUUUCUGAGGGCAGCUCGUGACGCUAAGGAGAUGGAACUUAUGCAGCUGAAACUGGGUAACACAACUGUUGCAGAAUAUGCCCGUAAGUUUGAUGACUUGUGCCGUUUCUCCAAGAUCUGCCAAGGGAAUCCUGCUGACUUUGAAGAAUGGAAGUGUUUGAAGUUCGAAGGGGGCCUUCGUGAGGAUCUGAUGUGUUUAGUAGUUCCAUUAGAGAUAAGAAAUUUUGCUGAACUGGUGAAUAAAAGUAAACUAGUGGAAGAAUGUUCGAAAAAGGUGGCGAUAGCUCGAGCAGAUCGUAAGGAAACCUCAGGAAGAGACUUUAUUCAAGAUCUAGCCCCUCAAGGUCGUAACUUUAAGUUCAGUGGUCAGUUCCAUAGCCAAAAUAGGAAUCAACGAAAUGGUAACUUUCUCGCUCGUAACAAUGGCAAAUACGACAACAAUAAUCUGGGAGAAGAAGAAGGAGGUCAACCUCAGGAAAUUCAGGAUAUUUCAGUAUGUUCAAGGUGUGGGAAAGAUCAUGGUAACAUACCAUGUCAGUAUGGGACAAACCAUUGUUAUGCUUACGGAGAACCUGGACACAUAGCUAGGAUUUGCCCAAGGAGGUUUGUUCGAGAACCAGCAAGGCCAAAACAACAAGGAAGGAUUUUUACCGUAACUGCUGGCAACACAAAUGCAUAUAAUUCUUCCACUCGAGUUCAGCUGCGGGGUAAAAAGAUUAUGAUCACUGAGGCUGCUAUUGGGGAUGCACUUCUUUGCCACCAUUGUCCUGACGACACCUGUGCUUAUAAGUAG